AUGCUGCACUGCUUGAUUUUUAGCAAGUGGCUUCAUGCUUACAUGAUUAAGACUGGUUUCAACACGUCUACUGUUCUGGCCACAGCUCUGCUCGAUAUGUAUGCCACAUGUGGGGAAAUUUAUAGUGGACGCUUCUUGUUUGAUAGAAUGAGCUACAGAGACGUGAUGUGCUGGACAGCCAUGAUCUCUGUAUAUGUAUAUGCCAGUGCCGGAGACCUCAAUCAUGCAUAUAAUCUAUUUGUACAGAUGCAAAAUGCAAAGAUUAAACCUAACCAAGGGCUUAAACGUGAUAUGAUACUCAUCACUGCUCUUCUGGACAUGUAUUCAAAAUGUGGAGACCUGGAUAAAGCUGAACAGGUGUUAGCAGGAGCCCCAGAUAGGUAUAGAUGCUUGUGGAAUGCCAUGAUGAGGGCCUUUGCCAUGGGUGGCCAAGGGAAGAAUGGAUUGAAGAUAUUUCACCAACUGAAGAGCGCAGGAGUAAGACCAAAUGACAUUCAUUUAUAG